AUGGGUUGCUUUGGCGGUAUCUUCAACAAGAACAAGGUGAUCUUCAUCAUGGGAGCCACAGGAACUGGAAAAUCCCGUCUGUCAAUCGACCUGGCAACCCAAAUUCCUGCUGAGAUUAUAAACUCGGACAAAAUACAAGUGUACAAGGGACUUGACAUUGUGACCAACAAGGUUACCGAGAAGGAGAGAGAAGGGGUGCCGCACCAUUUGCUGGGAGAAGUGGAGCCUGAUUCCGACUUCACUACUCGUGACUUCUCUUACGAGGCACUCUCAGCCAUAGACAGGAUUCUGGACUCUGGUCGAUUCCCAAUCAUUGUUGGUGGAUCCAAUUCGUUUCUCGAAGCACUUGUGGAGGACCCUCUUUACAAGUUCAAAUCAAGAUUCGCUUGUUGCUUCAUUUGGAUUGAUGUUUCCCUACCCGUUCUUUUUUCCUAUGUCUCCAAAAGAGUUGAUCAGAUGGUGGAUGCAGGCCUAGUUGAAGAAGUUGGAGAAAUAUUUGAUCCGGAGGCAGAUUAUGGCAGAGGCAUUCGACGGGCAAUUGGAGUCCCUGAAAUGGACGAGUACUUUCGGGCGGAGGCAAAAAUGGACGAAACAAGCAAGGAGACGUUGCUGGCUUCAGCUAUUGAAGAAAUUAAGAGCAACACUUGCAAAUUAGCUUGCCGUCAGGUGGAGAAGAUUCAGAGGCUAAAGAACGAGCUUAGAUGGCCCAUAAGCCGCAUCGAUGCUACAGUUGUGUUCGAGAAAACAAGCGGAGAAGAAGCUGAUAAUGCAUGGAAUAUGUGCGUCCUCGACCCAUGCAUGGAGAUACUCAGUCCAUUUCUCAAUGCAUAG